CAUAUUUCAAAACUGCUAUAGACCAUCGCUUCUGCACUGAGGUUACAUAACAGAGCACAACAAAAUUGAUUGAGGAGCUAAGCUAGAGUUGGAAGAAGAUCUCAAAAUCAUGGACAGCAACUACACUAGCACUAAGGAUGAUCAUCAAUAUAUUGAUGAAGAUGAUGUUCAACUUCCAGGAUUUCGGUUUCACCCGACAGAUGAAGAACUUGUGGAGUUCUAUCUUCGCCGGAAGGUUGAGAAGAAAGCAAUCAGCAUAGAGCUCAUCAAGUCCAUUGACAUCUACAAGCAUGAUCCUUGGGAUCUUCCAAAAGCGAUAAGUACAUCAGGAGAGAAGGAAUGGUACUUCUUCUGCAAAAGAGGGAGAAAGUACAAGAACAGCAUCAGACCCAACAGAGUUACAGGGUCUGGAUUUUGGAAGGCAACUGGGAUUGACAAGCCGAUACAUUCCCAUGGAGGACAAGGCCAUGCCUGCAUUGGCCUCAAGAAAACAUUGGUUUACUACCGUGGAAGUGCAGGCAAAGGCACCAAAACCGAUUGGAUGAUGCACGAGUUUCGCCUUCCCAAUCCGGCUGGUUCUAAUGAAUACAUUCACCGCAGCUCCAACACUAAGAACAUCAAUAGUACUGAUCCUCAACAAGAAGCUGAAAUAUGGACAUUGUGCCGGAUAUUCAAGAGAAAUGUCUCGUACAAAAAAGCAGAUUGGAGAGGGCAAUCCGGAGCUAAACGCCAUCCAAUGGACACAGUAAGCUCCAAGAAAUGCACAAGUGAUCAAGAUGACCUAGAUCAGUCUAACAAUUACAUCAGUUUUGGUGCUUCAGACAAUAUUAUUUGCUACGAAGAGAAGAAGCCUGUUGUGAACCAUACCAACAUGAACAACUUCAAUGGAAGCAACCAGCAGCUACAUGCAGUAGGCCAGUUGAGCUCCAACAUGCCUGCUACAUAUCCGUACAUGGAGACUUUCUCAAACUUUUCGUAUCAAGAUCUUGAGAAUGAGCUUUUGAAUGAGAACUGGGAUGAGCUUAGAUCCGCCGCCGUCCAUCUUGCUUUUGAUCCAACGUUUCUGGUGUAAAUGGAAUAAUUAAUGUUGCAGUGGGGAAGUGCUAGAGUGUAGGAGUUCAUGUUUUGACAAACUGAUAUAUUUAAUUUUAUCUUGUUGCCUUGUUUAUAAAAUUUGGAUGUAUUCUAAUAUUGUAUGAAUUAAUUUCUCUGUAUAUAAUCUAGUGCACAUGCAAUCUGAGGGCUGUCGAGAAAAUGUUGAAGGUCGUCAGGGGGGCUGCUGCAAAUUA